UGUUCAUCCGGAUUGGUGGUGAGUUUUGUGUAUGACAGUGAGGAAUGUUUUAGUGUGCAUGCUUUGUUCGUCCGGAUUUUAGCGGCCACUGUGUCGUCCAGGUUGGAGAGGAUGACGCAGUCGGCAUGGCUGAAGAGGGUGAAGCGGCUGUUGAGGUUAAGUGUUGCGAGUAAUUUUACUGGAGUGAGCUUGCUCAGAAAUCUGCGACCGUUGAAACAUGAAAUACAUGCAAAGAUGGGGAAUAAUCAACAUGAUGCUCUGGUCGAGAGAAGUAGACAUUAGUUAAGCUUCAAGAGGCUGAGACGACUCUUGUAGUACUAAGAGGAAAAAUUAGUUCUGGAAACACCGAUAUCUCUGUACUAUCUAUCUAUGUUCAGCAAAGAAAUUCAUUUUCUUCCUUUCUCAGUCCUCUAUUUUUUAGCAGACCAAGAUGCACAAAAGUGCGGCCUAUAAUAAACUGAAAUAGAAGCAGGUAACUACACUCUAGAGGUAUACAUGAACAAGAGAAAAGAGGAGAACAAUGAUCAAUGGAGAAAUGCACUGCGCUGUUAACUGCUGCUACUAUAACACUGAAGUUUUAAUUGCAGGACACCCAUAAAGAAAGAAAGAAGACUUAUGCUACAGAAACCAAUCGAAAAGGAGAAGGCAUAAAUGCAGUGGAUGGACUUGACAUUAAGCUGCUUUGUUAGAUAUACCAGGAUGAAGGUUAAAAAUCAGAGGGCCUUAACAUCAUGCCAUAGUAUCUCAAGUCGCACUAGAUGAGAAUGUUUCAUGAUGCAAAUAACUUGUGUUAGCCAUUCUUGUUUUGUGUUUAAUUUUAUGCUUUAUUCUUCGACUCGCUAGGAUAUAGUACAAUUUUCAAUUGUGAGCCUAGCAUCUAGCAUCGAUUUUGACCUCUGAAAUUUUGUUUAGCAGGCAGCACCAGCUGCUUUUAGUGCAAAUCACCGAGAGCUAAGGGUAUAUUUGUCCUUGCAUCAUUGUAAUUUUGAUGCUUUUCCUUAUUAAUAAUUUAAUAUUGCUUGUUCCGUCUUGACCCUAUUAUGUUGUGCCUAUAUGUGUUUCUUAUGCGGUUACGACGGUGACAAUGCGCCUAAUUUGCUGUCUGACAUGCAGCAUGAUCGGUGGGGGUUGAAAGUGUGGCGAUGCCAAUGUCAGAGACUGAACUUGUUAGGUUGGUAAGAAUUAUUUCAUAUUUCUCUAGCUUUGAGAUUGCGGCUUCACUUCUAGUAUCAUAUCAACUAUAAAUGCAUGUGUUUAUCAUAUAAUUAAUGCGUAAAGAUACCUCGCAAAAAAAUUAAUGCGUAAAGAUAUCUUACAUAAUAUUAAUGUGCAAUUAAUUUCCUCCCUAAUAUCACAUAUACGCAUUUAUUGCAAUUAACAUUGUAUAUUUAUUAAUGUGUAUAUAUAAGAAGUGUGUGGCAAGGAAAAAAAUGUGGCUUCUCUGGUUCGACCGGAUCCAAGAUUUUGGACUCCUCGAUUAAAAAGAAAGAAAGGUUUUACACUCUUGCGCGGCUCGCAAGCAUCUGCUCGGCAUCCACUCGCCGGCCGGCCGCCGCCGUAUUUUCUUUGUCGGGCCGGCGCGGUGUCGUGCCGCGCCGUGCUGCCUCCCCAGGAUCGCACCGGCGGCCGUGACAGGAGAAAGCAAACGAAAACCAACAAGAGCGGGGGACAGGAAGAUAUCGGAGGCAGCUGCCCCAACCGUAGGUGAGGCCCGAUCGUCUCUCGCUUUGGCUUCGCUCCGUCUUUAGGUUCUCACAGUAAAAGUGUACCAAAUGGACCAUGGGAGUUCCCCAACGAAGAAAUGUAAGUCUGUUGUGGAUGAAGAUAUCAUCAGCAAUCUACCCGAAGCUCUCAGAGACAAAAUCCUUUGUUGUCUGCCAAUAAAAGAAGCUGUUGGAACAUGCCUCUUGUCAAGGACUUGGAGGUACACAUGGGCUUCAAUGACCGAACUGAUGUUCAGGACAGCUGAUUUCGCUUCAGGAAAUGAUAGUGCAGACGAUGACCGCAGAUUUCUUAAGUUCACUGAUAUGUUUCUCUUCCUCCACAACGGCCCAAUUCUGAAGUUUUGCCUGAAUACCGUAGCGAAUGAAAUGGUAUCCACUGGAGGACACCUUUACCGUUGGAUGCUUAUGCUGUCAAGAAAUAAGAUUAAGGAGAUUCAACUUCAGACAAGUAUACGUGACAGUUACAAGGUCCCUUCUAGUUUUUUCUCCUGCGAUGAACUAGAAUAUGUGUAUCUGCGAGCUUGUGUUUUCACUAGUUUACAUUUGCCACCUCCAUCUAAAGGCUUCAAACAAUUGCAUACUCUUCGUCUAGAAUAUGUUACUGUGGAAGGAAACAGUUUAGGGGAUUUAGUAGCGAGUUGCCCGAAUUUGGAGAAACUUAAUAUUCGUGGAUUGUGCAGCCAAUCCAAUAUAAAUAUUCGUUCAACAAAGUUCAAGGUGCUAAAAAUUGAAGGCUGGUUUACACACCUCAAUCUGCAUGCUCCUUAUCUUACUUCCGUAUGGAUCGGACUGGAACUGAAUUCUGACACAGUUGGUGCUUCGACAACCAGAUGCAACUUCAAUCUUUCUCCAUUUAUUGCUUCUCUUUCAGAUGUUGAGACUAUUAGGUUUCAUGGACACAUCCUUGAGUGCGUAGAACGUGAAUUUCUGAUUCUCAAGCAGCCAAAAUUAUUCAACCGGCUGACAGAGAUAAGCCUGGAGAUCAAUCUCGGUGAUCUCAAGGAGGCAAAUUUUGCCUUGUGCUUAUUUCAGCAUGCCCCCAACCUGCGAUUUUUCAAACUAAAGCUCAUUUCCAGGAAUUCCAUGGUACCAAGAGUGCAUUUCUGGGAAUCAAUAGACCGUGAUGUCUGUCUCUUCCAGAACGUUGAAGUAGUUGGUUUGUUCGACUAUACUGGCUCCAUUGCGGAGCUAGGCUUCUUGAAACUUUUACUUGAAGAUGCACCAGUGUUAAGAAAAGUGGGAAUAAUCGACAAGGGAUUGGACAGAAAUGUCCUAAAAAAUCUCCUGAAGCUAGAAGAGCAUCAAAGGAUGCAGAAAUAUUGAUUCUUGAGGCUUGUUUCCCCCACUAGAAAAAGGUCAACUUCGCCACCCUAGUGUUUUAUCUCUGCUCUGUUUCGAUGGAUAGGAUCAAGUCCAAUCUCUGAAGGAACAAGUCAAGACCAUUGGAAGUCGGUAUCAAGCCUGUGUUGGGAACCUCUAACAACUCUACUGCUCUCGUUUGGUGCGAUCUUGCAAGGCACAAGAUCUGAAGUCAGGGUAUACAAGCAUAAGUUAUCCCCAUAAUUUGUUGUAGAAGCUACCCCGUGGUCCUGUGAAAAAACAGUGUUGCCUCAAGAAUUGCUUGCCUGUUGUGUCAAAGUUCAGAAAGAAAAUGUUUGCCAAUUUAACUUUUACUAUGCAGUUUAUUUCCAAA